AUGGACAACGACCCACCCCCCAAUGAUCCUUCCGGAUCAACCGCACCUCCAAUGGCGCAUCCACUAUCCAGCGAUCCUUCGAGACCACCGGCGGCUCCACUGGCCCCUCGCUUCUUGGUCCCUGCCGGCGGAAAGUACCUUCCCCCACCAGCGGUCGGCCGAGACCUUAAUGAGCCUGGAGAGUGGGCAAAAGAGGUGAUGGAGCUGAACUCAUCAAAGGCCCGUAAGGGCGAUACAAUCCUCUCACCCCUCCUCGAGGAGCUGGUUGUUAGGCCUCCCCGUCGUGAACCUCAGCUGCGCGAAUCACGUCGGAUGACUGAGCCCGCCCUAAGGGCUCAUCUGUUCGCCAAUAUCCGAAAUAAUGAGGCGGCCUUGAUGGUGGUCGUGGGAACCGUGAAAGAGACCACGGACCAGGAAUGCACCCACUGCAAGAAGCUGGGAGGGCCCUGGGCCCGGUGCGUCAUCAUUGAGGGUAUUGCUGGCGACGGGCUACCCUGCGCCAAUUGCCACCAACUGAGACGGGCUAAAACAUGCGAGUUCACUGGAACCGCGCCGCCCCGACACAAUCGGGUUAACCGCACCCGCCGUCGAACAGCUCAGCCUACGGCCGACCACCCACAGACAAGUGCUACCGCUGAUACCGACAUUGCUGAUCAAAUUCGCGUCCUCGAAUCGUCCCACAGAAUUCAGGUGAUUGUUAUUCACGAGGCCAAUCGAACUGUGACAGAGCUUCUCCACGUUGUUCGUGAAUCCCUUGAUCUGGUCAUAAGGGGUUGGAACGGAAACACUCUCCAGGAUCGGGACAUCCAGCGACUGGAUGAAAACUUCAGAGCUCUAGCCCGUGCUCACCAACUCGAGUCUCGCCAGAAUGAUGUUGAGAGAGACAUGGCCAACCAGCUCCGCACCUUACGUUCUCAGCUGUGA